AUGUCAGACGACGAUACCAGUGUUAAGGAAUUUGGCCAUAAAGCAAUAAAAGCAGAAUCAUCGAGAUAUUCGUUUACACAGCAGCAGUUCGGUAUGGCUACUAAAAUCAAGGCACCCCAAUUCAGUACGCAAAAUCCAAAGCUUUGGUUUGCACAAGUCGAAGCCCAAUUUUCGACACACCAAGUAGUUACUGAGCGCACCAAAUUCGACCUCGUAAUUCCAUUGCUUGAUACUCGCGUCGCAUCGGAAGUUGAGCGACUUAUUCUCGAACCGCCAGCAGUUUCGCCUUACUCUGACCUCAAAGCAGCACUAAUUAAAUGUUUCUCAAAAUCGGAAGAGGCAAGAAUCUCGCAACUCCUCGACAAAGAACGCCUGGGUGACCGCACACCAUCGCAGCAUCUACGUCAUUUACGAGCACUGGUUCCAGGUAUAGACGACGUCAUAAUUAAAGCGCGUUGGCUAUCACAUAUGCCAAACGAAAUCCAGGUGUGCCUUGAAGCUUUCGCUUACGAAACAACUAAAAAAUAUGUCGACCAAUCGCUCCCGACCAAGGUCUCGAAGUCGCUCACGCCCACAAGCAACGAAGAAACAUGA